AUGGCAAAUACAAUUCAAGCAAGAAAACAUACAGUAUUUGGUGAUUAUUAUAUUGAUUCAAUUGAUGAUGACGAUGAUCAAAUUAAUGGAAGUGAUAGCGAAGAAGAUGAUAGUUCUUGUGAUGAUGAUAAAUUACUUGAUAAAAGAACCAUAUCUGUUAGUUAUAUCUCUACAACACCAAGCCGAAUCAAUGUUCUCACUAUUCUUGCUCAAUUACUAUUAGUUUCAAAACGUGUUUCAGUAACUAUUAUCCAGUACAAAGAGCUGGCGAAGUCUUUAAAUCCAUUACUUGAAAUAUUUAAUGAAAAAAGUUUGAACAAGGAAAGAAUUAAUAUAAUUAGAUCAUCUGUGCUAGAUGAAAUAAUUGAUUUUUUAAAACCAUGGACUCAUGUAAUGAAACGUAUUCAAUCAUUGCAAGUACCAUCAAUACAUACGGUAACACCAAGUAUAUUUGUAAUAAAUUCCUCAUUAGAUAUAAGCCAAGUGAUUAUAAACAAGAAAAAGGUAUAG